AUGAUGGAGCCACUACAUGCGCAGUAGUGUCUGUGCCAGCUUGACACAGAGAAGCAAGCACACUGCACACCCCACCCACCACCAAUCCUUCCCACCUCCAUUCUCACACCCCCACCGACCAUGUCAGACGACGAGGGAGGGGAGGAGUACCUUUUCAAGAUCGUGAUUAUUGGUGACUCGGCCGUCGGAAAAUCGAACUUGCUCUCGCGCUACGCCCGCAACGAGUUCAAUCCGCACUCCAAAGCCACCAUAGGAGUGGAAUUCCAGACGCAGAGCAUGGAAAUUGAUGGUAAGGAGGUGAAGGCUCAGAUUUGGGACACUGCUGGCCAAGAGAGGUUCCGUGCCGUCACUUCUGCUUACUACAGAGGAGCUGUUGGCGCUCUCGUUGUUUAUGAUAUCAGCCGCCGCAACACCUUCGAUAACGUCGGCCGAUGGCUCGAUGAGCUCAAAACUCAUUCUAAUACAACAGUGGCACAGAUGCUGGUCGGUAACAAAAGAGAUUUGGAGAAUAUCAGAGAAGUGAGUAUCGAGGAAGGCGCGAGUCUCGCAGAAGCAGAAGGGUUGUUCUUCAUGGAGACUUCUGCCCUAGAUUCAACAAAUGUCAAAAAGGCUUUCGAGAUGGUUAUUCGAGAGAUUUAUAGCAAUGUGAGCAGAAAAGUCCUGAACUCAGAUACUUAUAAAGCUGAAUUAUCUCUCAACAGGGUAAGCCUUGUCAACAGUGACGGAUCGAAGCAAUCCAAAGGCUAUACUUCUUGCUGUUCCAGGUGACCUCUAUUCUCUCCUCAUCUCCAGAAUGUGUACACAAGCUGAGGCCAUUUUCAUGGUUGUUUUAUUUGAUUCAAAAUUUGUUUAGUUGAUGGGUUUGUUUGUUUCUUAAAAGAAUUUCUUCUUGAGUUCCUUGGUUUCCAAUAAGACAAUGUUAUAGGAUGAUAAUUAUAUGUUAAAAGUUUAUUCAAGAAAAUGAGUCAGUUUGAGUGUUCAUAA